GACCCAGGCUCCCUGCACCCCGCCGCCCCGGGGGCGGAGGGGAGGGGCCCGCUGCGACCUUAUUUCCUCGAGCGCCGGCGUCGCCAGCUCCGAGCCCGUCCUGCGCUGCGCUAGCCCUCCCGUGUCCAUGCAGCCCCGCCGGCAACCGCUGCCGGCGCCUGGGCCCGAGGGCCCGCGCCCCACCGCCCCGAUGUUUGCGCUGCUGCUGCUACUGCUCGCCCUCCAGGGGGCGGCGGCGAAGCCCGCGGGGUCCGCAGGGCCGGAGGACUCCGAGUGGCGCCAAGACACCGAGCUGCAGCGCGGGCUCCUGCAGCAGGCGGCGCGCGCGGCGCUGCACUUCUUCAACUUCCGCGCGGGUUCGCCCAGCGCCCUGCGAGUGCUGUCCGCCGUGCAGCAGGGCCGCGCGUGGAUUAAUUCAAAGAAGGAACAUAAAGUUGAUGUGGUGUUCACCACAGAGCGCUAUAACCAAGAGGAAGGUGAGGAACGUUUUGGGAAAUGUUCUGCUCGAGUGUUUUUCAGGAAUGAGAAACCCAGACCAGCCAUCAAUGUCACUUGCAUACGGUUUGUUGAGAAGAGCAAAAGACAACAAGAGGAUUACCUGCUUUACAAGCAAAUGAAGCAACUUAAAACCCCCUUGGAUGUAGUCAGCAUACCUGAUAGUCACGGGCGUAUUGAUCCCUCUCUGAGACCCAUCUGGGAUUUAGCUUUUCUUGGCAGCUCUUACGUGAUGUGGGAAAAGACCACGCAGUUCUUGCACUACUACAUGGCGCAGCUCAGCAGCCUGCAACAGUGGAAAACAAAUGACGACGCAAUUGAUUUUGGUUAUACUGUUCUACUCCAUGAAUUCCCAACACAGGAAAUCAUUCCCUGUCGCAUUCACUUGGUCUGGUACCCUGGCAAGCCACUUAAAGUGAAGUACCACUGUCAGGAGCUGGAGACCCCAGAAGAAGCCUCUGGAAUUGAAGAAGGAUCAGCUGUGGCACCGACAGAGCUUAGUAACUUCUGAACAGAAAAAACAACAACCCCUGCUUAUCCCAAAUUCUAAACAAAAUGAUGAUACUAAGUAGCCUAAAUCAGUAUUCUAAUAAAAUAGCUAAGGUUUAAGGCAUUCUAAUAAUUCGAGAAAGCCUAUGAUAAUCAAAAAUUAAAAGAUGUCAAGGUUUUUAAAAGAUAAUAUAUUUCAAUGAAAGCAAAUUGUGGGAAAAAUAUUAUCUGUUUAAAAGAAAUUUUACUAUUUUUUAUGAUUUCAAGCAAGUAUUGUUUUUUUAACUUGAUAGUUACUUUUAAAUAAAUGUUUACAUUUCUAAAUAAAAUGUUUAAAUGUGCUUGUAGAGAUUUAUCUAUGUAGGCGAAGUUUGUGCUAACCUGGAAUUAAAUGAACUCUUAAUAUUGCUUCAUUCAUAUUUUACAAAUAAAAAUAUAGAGUGUCUCACAGAUAAAA